AUGGAGUCGAUUCCACCCGUCUCGGCUGAUCUCACAGAGACCAUGCAACCUAAUUUGUAUGCGUCCUCAACUGUACCCUAUACGAUUGCCCUCACGUGCACUGCCCUCCGACUCUGGUGCCGUUGGAUGAAUAGAGCUGGGCUGUGGCUUGACGACUGGCUCAUUCUCAUUGCACUUGCAUCCGCAACCGGAUUAUCUGCUGAUCUUUUGUGGUGGAUACCUCGUGGUCUUGGAAAGCAUGUGCAAGCCUUCGGUCCUGAGGUCCAAGAAGAUUGGGCUAUCGGGCUUUUUACUGCGGAGCUCACUUACACCGGUGUAAUCGUAUUCGUGAAGUUCUCAAUUCUCGCACUAUACUGGCGCAUUUUCAAUAAGAACAGCAGCAUAAGACUUCCUAUUGCAAUUUUGACCGGCACAGUUGCCGCGUGGGGAAUAGCUGUAUUUCUACUUACUGUUUUACAAUGCAUCCCAAUUCGCGGUUUCUGGGACAAGACCAUCAAUGCUUCUUGUAAUGUUGAUAGCCAUACAUUCUUAUUUGCAAUAUCUAUCCCGAACAUCCUAACUGAUGCGAUUCUUUUGGUUUUACCGGUCCCCCACGUGGUAAAACUUCACGCCUCGAAAAGCCAAAAGCGCGGCCUGAUAACGAUGUUUCUCUUGGGGGGAUUUGUCUGUAUCGCCUCUAUCUUACGUCUUGUAGCGGUGUUGACACAACCUACUGGGCCAGAUUUCACCUGGAAUGCGAACAACGUAGCUGUUUGGGCCGUUGUAGAGGCUGACUUCGCUAUCAUAUCCGCAUGCCUGCCAACAUUACGACCAUUCUGGCUAGCUAUACGACCAAAGCAAUUACUGACUGCUCAGUCCGUACCCUUGUCAUCAGACCCAAGUUCCAAAAGCCGGUAUGAUAGCCGCGCUCCCCAGGCUUGGGGUGCCUCAGUCCUCGAAUGUACAGUGUUUGGCGGACAAGACGAUCGACCUUCUGCUGGCUCGAAUAGCACCGGUAUAGUGAGGGACAAUCUGAGGCAUGGUCUUACACCUAACUCUCGUCAAUCAAAGACGACUAUACAGGUUCCGCUAGUAGGUAUUGAGUCUCAGAACGACAAGGCGCAUAGGGGUAUUAGAGUUCAGAGCAGUUGGAAGGUGGAGUAUGCAUAG